AAGACAAUGAUAUAUUGGCUAUUUGGGAAUAAAACAAAGAGGGGACCACAGAAGUCUUUAAUUUUCUGACACAGAGUCUUUCAGCUUUAUUUAAGGACCUCAACAUCCAGCUGAUAAUACUGAUCUUGCUCAUUACACUGCAGGCUGGUAUCUCCCAAGACAACCCAGUUUUCCUGGACUGCCCAAAGAGUUUAACACGGAUCAAAGUGAACUUAGGACUGCAAGAGGCAGGACAUACAUGACAAAUACACUGCUGCAGAUAAUUUAGAAUCUGUCUAGUGUACUAAUCUUUGCAAUCAUUAAAACAAGCACACUUACACUUAGAGACUUUUAAGUUUAUGAAUUCUACACCUAUCAGAUCUGUGGCAGGAUUUAGCUUUCAAUUUUGCUAAGUCCAUCUAACAAACACCCUGGCUAAUUACUUACAGAAAAAUACAUUCCUACUUUUUCUAGCACAAGUAAAAAAAAAAAAAAAAGCAAAAGAGCAUUGUAUUUUCAUUAAUAUCCUAAUAUAACUCAAGUGAAAAGAAAAAGAAUAGAAAAAUUAUUUUGUCCAGAAGAGUACGAAGAAAAAAAUUAACCUGAGGCAGAGUAAGAUUUCUACUUUCUAUAGAGAAUAGCAACAAAAAUACCUGAGUGACAGUACAAAUUUCCACAAUGCUAACCAUAAAAUUUUAUUUUAAUCAAAUUUCCACUUUUUAUUCACUAGGUGGGGUUGACAGAGGUCGAGAAGGACCAUCUGCCUUCUAUUUCCGAGCAAGGUUCCACCUGCUCCCACUUUGCCGCCCAAAGCUGUAAAGGUCCCUCGGGUCCAGCUCGGAUUCUCCUUCAGCGCAGACCCGAGGCCGCUCUUCCUGGAGCCUGCAGUGCAGACCUGCGGGGCGAGCCCCUUCCAGCCGGGUCUUCCUCCACCUCCCACCGCCCCGGCCGCGCGGUCCUGACACCGGGCCGAGGUGGGCCGGGGCCGGCUGAGCACGUGACCUCGCUGGGCCCCAAAGCUUUUCCCCACACACUGCCCGCCACCGCCGGCCGCGGAAAGCCCGGGGUCCACCCUUGAGAGCGCGAGGAUGGAGCAGGUCCCUCGGGUCGCGAGGGCGACGACUCCACACCUAUCUCACGACGGACUCCCCUCGUUGGACCAACUCUGUCGGUCACCCCAGCAACCGACACCCGCACCACCUAUUUCUCAGGGGUCAACGGCGAAAAACCUCCCCGCUCCCGCGCGCCACAUCGCGCCUGCGCGCAGUACCGGCGGAGGUGCCGUCAAUGCGCAUGCUCCCGCCUUGAGCCCGUCCUCGCGCAGCUUUUGAACCCGGCGGCCGAAGCCGGCGGUACGCGCAUGCGUGUCUCCAGGAGCUGGUCUCCCGACCCGGCGGGAAGCCGCGGCUCGCAGGUUUGGAGCCAGACCAGUCGGAAGUGGCUCCUCCACCGUCCCUCUGUCAAGCGGAAACUCGGGCACUGGAAGGGAGGUUCCGGGGCUGCUCGGGGCUGGAGGCGGCCGAAUGGAGACCGGGGCCGUGGACGCGCCGCUGACCCGCCGCCCGACGUUGGCGUCUUCCUGGGAUGCCGCCUGCGGAGCCCUGGCCCAGAGCCUCCGUCUCGCCCGGGCGGGUCUCGGCGCCCGGGACGCCGACUGGGAGCAGCUGCUGGCGCCGCCUGCCACGGGCCAGGAUCUGGUGAUUUUGAAAAGGAGCUUGCACCGCCAGGGUGAAAACCCCUGCUUCCUUCACGUGAGAUGUGACCCUCGUGGAGGUGAAGAAAUGGUUUCUGUUGGCGUCUUAAGUUCAGCACGAAAUAUGGAGGUGUACUUAGGAGAGGAGUACUGUGGCACCAGCAGGGGCAAGAGUGUUUGUAACGUUCUGGAUAACAGUGAACAGGAAAAGAUUACUUUGUACAAAACAUACCUACAAUUGGAGUCUUCCACACGUGCUUGUAAAAUAAAGCUGCUCUCGUUUGGUGAAAAGCAGUGUGUGUUCAUCAGUAGAGUCGUGGUCCACGUGAGGCCCGUUUCCCCGGCGUCUCCGGCAAGCUGUCCUCCUCUGGGGCCAAGGAUAGACCUGGAGCGGGUCCAAACCAUCAUGGAGUCCAUGGGCUCCAAGCUGUCACCGGGAGCUCAGCAGCUGAUGAGUCUGGUUCGGUUUCAGCAGCAGCAGAUGUGCAUUCCCAUCGGCGAGCCGCCCCAGUCGCCUCGGGGAAGCGCUGGCUCCACGCCCGGGGUGGGAGCACGAGCAUCCUCCAGUUCGGGAGCCUCGGCCAAGUCGACCUCCACACCUUUUCCCUUCCGAACCGGCCUGACGUCUGGAAACCGGACCGAAGACGUGCAGGCUCACCCGGCCCAGAGGACGCAGCCAGCGGCCGGGGGCCCUGUUACCCGCCUCCAGGAGUGUCCCAUGGGGCCACAGAACCAGUCUCUUCUUGAGAAUGAGCUUAAGGCUGCAGUCUCUUCUUUCUCCCCGAAGAGAGCGGGUGACAGCGCCCCCGUAGCUAACUUGGAGCUGCCGCCUUUCCUCCAGAACCUGUGUCGUCAAGUGAGCCAUCUCCGCCUGGGACCUCACAGCAAGUGGCAGGAGAGCAUCACCCGGCCCGGCGAAGGCCCUGCUGGGCUUCCAGAGGACGCACAAUCCAUUUGUUCCUCCUUGGAAAAGAUGCUUUCUAAAAACAUGGAACUGAUGGAGAAGAAACUCACGGACUACAUCGAUCAGCGAAUUUAUAAACUCCAGGAGCACCUAGAUAAUAAGAUUGCUUUGUUGGUGGACUUGCUGCAAAAUCCCAACUCCCCACCCUCUGGGAUGCCUCUAAGACAUUAUGACUCUGGAGAAAGACUUUCAAAUGGAGAAAGAUAAGCACUCAGCACAUACAGAGUACUACAGAUAUUUAUUAAGUAUUUAUUACAAAGCCAACCCCCCCCAAAAAGUUUAUGAAAAGCAGGUAUUUAAUGUCCUUUGAAAUAUCUCCACUUAUAUAAAUUGACUUCAGUGUUUUUUUUUUUACUGUACUUGUAUAUCCAGUACUGUACACUAAGAGUUAACAUGAUUGAGGCUAAGUUAUUUUUGUUUGCAGUAUUUAUCACUCUUAACAGAAGUUUAUGUACACUGCCAGGUUAAGUGUUUACGAUUUUAAGGAUUUCUAAUGGAGUUCCUUAGUUUGUAUUGUAUAUGUGUUUUGUAGAAGUAUAUUUUUUAUUUAUACAAAGAUGUUAUUUUGUAGUCUUAGGAGUGUGAAAAAUAAUGCUCUGAGUAUUUGAUAAUUUUCCUUUUUCUGUUGACUGUUUUUGAAAAAUUGGAUACUAAAGUCUUAGAACCUUUCAUUCAAAUCACUAAUUUUUGUUUUAUAUUGUUUAUCUUAAAUAAUGAAGACACAGUGUUUGGCACGUGUAAAUUGGUUCACACUGGGGUGGUUCAAGUUCUUUGUUUCAGUACGGUGUAGCAGUAGAUAGGGAAGCAAACCUCAUAACUAGCCUGUUCCUCGUUAGGAUCGUUAUCUUAGAUUGUUUGAUGUAAAAUGAGAAAAGUCACCUUGUUGUAUGUCAGUCUACCCAGAAGGCAUAGGCACUGUCCUUUUCUGAGCUGAUACAGUUUCCGCUUUCCAAAGCCCUUUUCUGUUUAAAGUGUUAAAUGCUGAGGUUCUUCAUUGAACGAUUAAGGCAUAUGAAUCAAGGAGAUUGCAAUUCUGUCAGCUUAAUUUUUAGAAAUUACAGCUAUUGCAUAUGUGUUGAAAGGUGAUAUAUUUGCAUCUAAAAAAAUAAAUGGAUCCACUCUGGAAACUGCUUA